UUUUGUUGCCCAAAAAUAUAGUCUAACAAUUUACUAAUGGAUUUUCCUCAGAAAGUGAGACGCUUUCAGUCAUUUUGUUUAAUUUCGUUAAUGAAACCGUAGCCCAGUAAAUAGGUAAACAUUUUUUGGCGGAAAAUAUUGUUACUUUAGUUAGUGUAAGUAAGUAAGUCUUCCAUGUUUUUUAAACCUACAUAAUUUCUGAUAUUUUCAAUAAGUAUAGCUAUGCGUAUGGUGAUAUGUUACUCAAAAUGUCUUACAAUAUCAAAAUGACUUGUAUAGCUACGGUGAUAAAUUUUCAACACACAUCCUAAUUGCUGUUGUCCCUAACUACUCUGAAAAAAAAAAAAAAAAAAAAAAAAAUUAGGACCAAUAACUAAUAAUAAAAAGCAAGAAAAAUGCUCUUUAAAGUAGAAAUCUAGUCUAGCUUGCUGCUGUUUGACAGAAUAGUCUAUAUGUGGCACUAAUUUAGUGAUGACUUUUAGAACACCUGUUGAAAACAUAAGAAAAACUUGCUUACAAUUUGCAUCAUGCUAUUUGCUACACUAUAUCACACGAUUUAUUGUGUAUUUGAUUACUGUUAAAGACUACAUGAUAAAGAAUGUCAUUACCAAAGUACAUAAAACAUUAUGAUUUUGUCAUUAAGAAACAUUAAGAAUUACAAUAUCAUGAAAUUAUUUUUAGAUGAUUUUAACGAUAAUUGAUGAUUAUAAUUAUGAUUAUGUAUGUUGUAUGACCCAUUAUGCUCUAGUAUAGUAGAGGGUCCAUGAAUUGAGCAGUCAGAGUACACAUCCUAUUCACUAAACCCAGAUCUUCUUACCGUCAUAAUGGAAAAUCAAUUUGCUAGAGUGGUGAGCAAGUUGCUGCUGUGCAUUUGUUGCAGUCAUGUGUACAGCGACCAUUCUGAUGCUCCAUGGCAUUCUGCUGGAAUAAAAGGCACUUUGAAAUAGGGUAAAAUUUUAAAAGCUGGGACAAAAGCUGUGGAAAGUGAUUUGAAUAAGUUUGCAUUUUCCUUCCUCUGAAGAUCCUGGAAUUGAAUUGCCAGGAUGAGUCCUGUCCUCUUGCUAUCUUUGUUACUGACAGUUAUUCCACAGGCUGAGGUUGUCCCAGAGAAACCAAAAAGAUCUGCUCUCAACCAACUCACCAGGUUACUUCUUCGCAAAUACAACUGUGGAGUUCGGCCUGUCCAGAACUGGACCAAACCAACUACCAUUUACAUUGACCUUAUAAUCCAAUCUGUACUGGAUGUGGAUGGACAGACUCAGAAAGUUACCACCAGCAUUUGGUAUCGCCAAAUAUGGAACGAUGAGUUUCUUGUUUGGGAUCCUGAAGAGUUUGAUGGAAUCACUGAAAUAUCGCUGUCCUCGGAUGCCAUCUGGGUGCCUGAUGUCAUUAUAAGUGAAUUCGUCGAUGUUGGCAAAUCCCCAGUCAUCCCAUAUGUUUAUGUCAACUGCUCAGGAACAGUAAAAAACUACAAACCCAUCCAGGUGGUCUCAGCCUGUCACCUGGAGAUUUAUGCCUUUCCCUUUGACAAGCAGAACUGCACUCUGACCUUUCGCAGCUGGCUCCACUCAGUGAGUGAAGUGGAUUUAGCUCUGUGGAGGCCUGCUGAGGAAAUCGCCAAUGACACAAGAGAGUUCAUGAAUGAUGGGGAAUGGGAGCUGCUGUCUGUCCCUUCUCGCUACUGGACAUUGAAUCUAGAGGGAAGAGACUACGCGCAGAUUCAGUUUAAUGUGCUGAUCCGCAGGCGCCCCCUGCUGUACGUGGUAAGUCUGCUCAUCCCGAGCAUCUUCUUCAUGGUGGUGGAUGUCACCAGUUUCUAUCUGCCUCCAAACAGUGGAACUCGCAUCACUUUCAAGACCAGCAUUCUCCUGGGCUUCACUGUAAUCAGAGUCAAUCUGAUGGAUGAAAUCCCUGCCACAGCCAUUAAAACACCCCUCAUUGGGGUCUUCUUUGCUGUUUGCAUGGCGCUGCUGGUGCUUAGUUUGUCAUUGUCCAUUUUUGUAGUGAAGCUUUUGCAUUACAGUGAGAACGAAGUCAAGGAGAUGUCCAUGUCUGCUUGCUUGCUAGACAAAUAUGGCUCAAUGGACCAGAGCUUUAUCGAGAGCGCUUUCACUUCGAUGAAGACACUGGAUGAUAUGGACCAGUCUGGGGGCUACGAGUCUGAUCUGUCUCCAGAGCCAGACCUAUUCUCCCUGACAGAUGUCUCAAACAGUAACUCUCCACUGGAGAAAAUCCUGCAGGAGGUGGUGUCUCUCAGACUGUACCUUCAGGAGGAGGACAGUGAGGGCAGUUCACAGUCCUACUGGGUGGAACUGUGCCUGAAAGUGGACAGGCUUCUCUUCUGCAUGUACCUGGUACUUAUGUUCAUCUAUGUUAUGACUCUACUGCUGCUCUGGGGUACCUGGAGCUCUGCCUGAAAGUCUGAACGAGGUGGUAGGGCGGGAAAAAAAAAGAGAA